CCUUCGCCAUUUUCCACUUCUCACCAACUCUCCUUUGGCCAUGGCUGCCAGUGCAUUCCUCUCUUCUUCUUCUUCUUCCUCCCAUCCCAGCGGAACCUACGACGUCUUCUUGAGUUUCAGAGGCGAAGACACACGCAAGAACUUCACCGACCACCUCUACUUCGCUCUCAAAGAUGCCGGAAUCAACACCUUCAGAGACGACAACGAGCUCCGAAGAGGAGAAGAUCUCGCAUCCGAACUCUUGUCGGCAAUCCAAGGGUCCAAAAUCUCUGUCAUUGUUUUCUCUAGGAACUACGCGGAGUCCAAGUGGUGCCUGGAGGAACUUGUGAAGAUCAUGGAGUGCCGAAGAACGGUAAGGCAACUGGUUCUGCCAAUCUUCUAUGAUGUUAAACCGUCGGAUGUGCGGAAUCAGACGAGUAGUUUUGCGCAAGCAUUUUUGAAACAUGAAGACCGUUACUUGUUGGACAUAGACAAGGUAAUCAGGUGGAGGAGAGCUCUGAUUGAGGCUGCUAAUUUGUCCGGAUGGGAUCUAAGAAACACUGCAGACGGGCAUGAAGCCAAGUUUAUUAGGAAAAUUGUUGAAGUGGUUUCAAAGGAACUCAAUAGCACAUACUUAUAUGUCACACUCUACCCAGUUGGAGUAGAUUCUCGUGUGCAAGACAUCACCUCAUUGUUAGGGGUUGGAGCCAAUGAUGUCCGCAUGGUAGGAAUUUGGGGAAUGGGCGGAAUUGGAAAAACAACCAUUUCUAAAGCCAUAUAUAACCAACUUUUUCAUAGUUUUGAAGGUAAGAGUUUUCUUGCAAAUAUUAGGAAAACUUAUAAGCAACCUGAUUGUCUGGUUCGAUUACAUAAACAACUUCUUUCUGAUAUUUUGAAGAUGAACAAGACAAAGGUGAAUAAUGUUGAUACAGGAAUUGUUACAAUACAAGAAAGACUUUGUCAUAGAAAGGUACUUGUUAUACUUGAUGAUGUAGACCAGUUGGAGCAACUCAAUGCCAUAGCUAGAAGUCGUGAUUGGUUCGGCCCAGGAAGUAGGAUUAUUAUAACAACUAGAGAUGAGCAAUAUGAUUCUCAAUUUUAUUUUAUUUUUUAUGCCAUCUUUUUGCCGUUGUUUCUGAAGUUGUUUCCUUUUUCGUGGGUGCUUUUGGUUCUGUUCAGAUACCUCUAUUUAGGCUGCAGAAGCCGGUGAGUUCUUUUUCCAAUUAAGACCCGGAAGUUGCAUAAUUCAUGCCUUGGUUUGCAUAUUCUUAAUGAUUCUCUUUUACGAUUGUUA